AUGAGAUCCCAGUCUGCGUCUGAGGCUUCUCAGCCAUCCCAAUCUUCUGGCGGCCGAAAUGACGAGGCAGCUGGAGCUGGACAGGUCGGUUCUGCUGAGUUGGCAAAAUGGAAGGAGAUGAUGGACCAGGGCAUCUCCAGGUACAUGCGGGCCCAUCCAGAUCGCUUCCAUCGCCGCGUGCGUCGUGGCAUCCCCCCGGAAUUCAGGUGGCGAGUUUGGAAGGCUGCGGUGAGGUUGGAAAAGGACUGGCCCACAUUGGAUUACAAAUGUCUCAGCGAGACGGAGAACCAGUGGACCUCAUCCAUUGUGAUUGACGUGCCGCGGACCUUCCCGGACGUCAAGUCAUUCAAUGAGGAACAACAGCAGCGUCUUAAGCGAGUGCUCAAUGCAUAUGCUGGCUGCAAACCCAACAUUGGCUAUUGCCAGGGCAUGAACUACGUGGCUGGAUUGCUGCUUCUGGUCUCCCAAAACGAGGAGGAGAGCUUCUAUGUGUUCAGCCAGCUGAUGGACCACGAGGACUUUGGUCUCGUGGGCUUCUACAUGGGAAAGCGUGGAAUCCCGAUGUGGAGCCAGCUGCCAUUGCUACGGCGCUACCUUCGUGCCUGUGAGAACUUGGUUGCCGAGUCCCUGCCAGAAUUGCGUGAACAUUUCAUCAAGCAGAAUGUGCAGCCGGCUGUGUGCGGACCGAAUGCCAACAUAAGCAGUUGUAGUAUGAAUGUCUCAUUGCAGAAAGAGGGCUACCUUCAUGACUGGUGCUCCGAUGUCACCGACAAGGAGCGCUUCCCAGCGUGCUACCCCAAUGGGGUCCCUAAUUGGCAUCCAGAACAAAAUGUCAUCGUGCGACUGCCAGAUCCCAGCGGUUGUGCUGUGGCCACCUCGCCUGAGUGGGUCAUUUCCGGGUGGUCGUGGAAGUAUGUCCAGUUGGCUCCCUCUCAGUCCUUCAAUCUCUCGAUCAAAGACUCGGAACAAGGCUUUUUAAAGUUGAUCCGCGGAACUGUUCUUGACGUCAAUCAGAUUGGCGUGCAGAAUGACGAGGGUCACUGGGAGACCUUCGUGGUGACGCCGCCCAACACCGAGCGUAGCUUGCAGUUGGAUCAUCGCUUGAAGUCCGUGAAAGCAGGAGCUGAAGGUGCGGUUUUUGCGCUGAUGGUGGUCCCGGUGGAACUGUUUGAUGUGCCAAUUACGGCAAUGGAUCAAGCACCAACCACUACCAUCAGUGGCCCAUUCUCAGAGAAUUUCAAGUGGACCAGGUUUGCAAAGUAUUAUCCAGACGACUUCCCUAACACGCUGGAAUUUUGGAACUUGGCCGGCAUUCUGUUGCAGGAUCAUCAUGGAGAGCGUCUCAACUACAACCAAUGGUGGACUCAGAAGCAGAAUGACAACACCGAUGGAGGUUAUCACAACCACACCGGCACGCCGGAGAAUGGCACCUUUGGGGAGCUUCACAUGGUGAUGUACUCAGGUGCACCAAACACAGGCAUGAUUGUUCAGCUGCCCCACACCCUCUAUGCGGAUACAGUCAAAGCUCCAGAGGAAAUCCCAGCGAACAAGAAGUUCUUCUGGAACCAACGCGACAAUGAUGCAGUGCAGUUCACCCUUCCGCUGCCACCAGGAUAUGUGCACGGCCCACUUUGGUCCAUUGAUCCCGCCAAUGGAAAGCCAACUCACGACUGCAACGGCGCGAUCCGCUACCCGUGGCAUGGCCUGGUGACGGGACCCAUCAACGACAACGGUGGCUACUCGAGUCCGGGACGCUACACGUUGUGGGUGGUCUUUGAGCACGCCCCCGAAACGGUCAAUGUGCCAACACCCAUGUUGCAGUAUGUGACCAAUGCGUACCUCCAAAACAUGGUGAACUGGCCGAUUCCGGCCUGCAAGAGUGGCGAAGCCGCUGACGUGGACGAAACCGGUCCCUUGGAUUUGCAGACCCAAAGAGCAACGGAUUCGCAGAGCACUGAGAGCACAGCUCUGCUGCAGCUGCGUGGAAAUGUGACCUCCCAGACCUUUGGCAAGUGCGAAAAAUAUGGCAACUGCUGCGCAGACAUCGCCAUUUGCUCCGCGGCCACCCCAUCAGCUCCAGCAUCAGCUCCAGCGGCUGCAGCAGCAAAGCCAUCGGGACAAGUCUAUGGACAUCCGGACCCCUCCAAGGAAUAUCCUGUCUACGAUGGCUUCACACUGACCUUGGUUGAGGAAUUCAAUGCCCCUCUUGAUCUGGACACCGAUCCAAUCUGGACCUGGUCCGAUGGUGGCCUCUACGAGGGCGACGUUCGUUUUGUCAAGGAACAGAUCACCUUCUCAGAUGGGAAGAUGAAGAUCACGGCCAAGCCAAAUCCAGGCAUUGCAACCCAGAAAUGCUCUCACGCUGAGGUGGGCAACGUUGAUGCGAAGCCCUUGGUCAGUGGAGAGAUUCGCGCGCGGCGCAACAUGUUCCGCUACGGCCGCUACGAGGUGCGAAUGAAGGCACCAGAUGUGCAGCCAGGGAACCCUGACAUCGAUGGUAAUUUUAUCGCAACCAUGUUUGUCUUCCGCGAUGCGAAGUUUCAUCACUGGAGAGAGAUCGACAUCGAGGUAACUGGUGAUCGCAAAAACUCGGUCACGACCAACGUGCUGAGUGCGGACAACACCGAUUGGUGGAGUACCCGAAUCGCUUCCGCCAGAGAAACGACCUGCUCUGGCAACGCACGAGAAGAAUUCCACACCUACGGAUUCGAGUGGCUUCCAAACAAGGUCACCUGGUUCAUCGAUGGCAGGGUGGUGCGAACUCACUAUGGAGGGCGUCCACCCAUUCCCGACAAGUCAGCCAAGAUCAUGAUGAACUUGUGGAUCUUUGGACCAAAGGCAAAUUUUGGAGGUAAGCAGAUCCACAACAAUCGCUACCCCAUGACUAGCGAGUAUGAUUGGUUCAGGUUCUACAAGUGGGAUGGUGAGAGCACCUAUCCCUGCAUUGGAUCUGGGAGCUGCCUGACGCAUGAUGAUCGUUACUUAGAUGGCAACAACCCUUGUGAUGGACAGCCCAUGGAGGGUACCUGGAAGGGCAAGGGCGCGUGCAAGGUCAUGAUCCUCUGGGAUGUCAUCAUGUGUGAGGGCCUUCCUGUGAUCCUCCGCAUCGCCGUGUCAAUCCUACAGGUUUUGAAGGAUUCCUUGCUGUCCAUGGAGUUUGAGGCUCGUCAAGUGCUAGAUGUGGAUUGGUGGAUAUUGGUGGACAUGGUGACAAAGAGACACCAGUGGUGUUAA